AUUUUCGAUUUCUCCUGUUCUCACAAUAAGAUAUAUCUUCAGUUUCGCCAUUUGCGUGCUGAAGAAAAUUUACUAUCUUGCAAAUUUUUCCUUUGAAAAAAAGAGCCUCGGAAGUGCAUUUUAGGGGUGAAAUGAAGGAACAAAAGGAGCUCAAAGAUGACCUCCCUCCUCUUGGGAGUGUCUCAUUCUAUUCCUACGAGAAGAAAUUCAAAAUUCUAUCUCUCAUUGUGGCAAUUUAUCAAAGUAUUUUGUCUUUUUGUGUCCUCAUCUUUGUUAUAUUGAGCUUAAAGCAUGCUGUUGAAAUUUUUCAACUCCUUGAGGAUGACAUUAAGGAUGAGAAGGAAAUGAAUGAGAACACCGUAAUGCCCCAUUCAGUAGGAGAUUCCAUCAAUUUGAUUCGCUUCAAGUCUGCUGAAAAAUUGUCCAAGUUAACAUUGGUCGUUCUCUACGUUGUAGCUGCGAUUAUUGUCCCGUACACCUUCAGUUGCAUUGUACUGUUUAUGGGAAUCCUUAAGAAUCGCCGGCAUCUCUUCAUUCCGUAUUUAAUCCUCAAUUUCAUUGUUUAUUUUGUGAUAAUCUCAUAUUUCUUGUAUGAAGGCAUCAACAGCUAUCGCUUUUCCGUAGUCGUUCAAUACUGGUAUAUUGGAUUUAUCAUUGGAGUAUUGGACAUCACUAACUGGUUCAUAGUUCGUCGAUACUACGGCUUUCUGCAGAGGGCAGACAAGUACACAUCUCAGCUUGUGGAGAGUGCUACAGUAAAGAUUCCUUUCCACUACAAAAAGGAGAAUACUUACUUGGGCAAUGGAGGCUAUAAGCACUACUUAACUGAUCCACUCGUAGAUGAACUGAAUAUUACAAUAUAAAAGAAAUGUGUUGACCGCGCGAUACAUUUAACAAAAAUAAUCGUCAUGAUAUUACUACAACUUUUAAUUUAAUUCAAAUACAAUGCAGCAUUUCUUUUAUUCCUAAGCUAAACCCUUGAAGAAAGUCCAUUUGAUUGGCCUAAAAUGUAAAAUUAAACGCUCAUGCAUUGAAUUUAUUAUGAUUUGAAAGGCAAUUGAUUAGCAUUUUGUGAUGUAAUUUUUGUGAUUAAUAGAAAAUGCAGGUGAUCCUUAAAAUUGAUUUUCUUGAAAUGAAAUAAAUUCUUUCCAAAAAUUAACAAAGAAAUUUCAUUUAUAUUGAAAAAUUUUCAGACAUUUUGGAAAGAAUAAAAAACAGAAAACAAUAAGAAAGACCUUUUAAUAACACCUAACGCACAGAUAAUAAUUGGAAGAAAAAAGAAUAAAAUCUAAAGCAAUUUUAGAGAAGAAUUCAAUGUCCUUUUAAUGCAAUCCUCUCCUUGAAUUUAAUUUAAUUAGAACUUAGGAGGAAAAAUGCUGCAUAUUCUCUAUAGCUAUACCUUCCCAAAGUCCCCAAAGUCAUUGUAGAAGAUCUUCCUAUCCAAUGAAUUGUAUCUUCGUGUGGUUAAAUAAAUUUUAAUCCGAAAUAACUUA